CUCAGCGCAGUCAGUAGGCAGGCACUGUGAAAACGAUAAGGUUUUGGACCAGCCGAGCCCGGCACCCAGCUCCCUCUCCUUCCUCGCCGCGCACCGCCACCCAGCUCUCCGGAGCUCGUCUCCUCCCCUCGCCGGCGCCGUCACCACCAUGCUCCUCCAAAUGCGCGGCCUCCCGGCCGCCCCUCACCACCCGCUCGCCCAUCCACACAUCUCCCCCGCGCCGCCGCCCUCCCUUAUCGGUGCCCGGCGCCGCCGUCCGUCACGGAGGCUGUCCAAGGUCGUGUCCUACUACGGCCUCACGACUCCGCCGUACAAAACCGACGCCCUGGAGCCGUACAUGAGCAGGCGGGCGGUGGAGCUGCACUGGGGCAAGCACCAGCAGGAGCACGUGGACGGGCUCAACAAGCAGCUCGCCAUCAGCCCGCUCUACGGCCACACCCUCGAGGACCUCAUCAAGGACGCCUACAACAACGGCAACCCGCUGCCAGAGCACAACGCCGCCGCCGAGGUCUGGAACCAUCACUUCUUCUGGGAAUCGAUGCAGCCCGAAGGCGGCGGCUCGCCCGAGGCAGGCGUGCUGCAGCAGAUCGAGAAGGAUUUCGGCUCCUUUGUUAAUUUCAGGGAGGAGUUCAUGCGCUCGGCGCUGUCGUUGCUGGGGUCUGGUUGGGUUUGGCUUGUCUUGAAGAGAAGCGAGAGGAAACUCGCGGUGGUUCAUACUCUAAAUGCUAUCAACCCACUUGCUUUCGGAGAUAUUCCAAUUAUCAGCCUAGACUUGUGGGAGCAUGCUUACUACUUAGAUUACAAGGACGACAGACGAACAUAUGUGUCAAACUUUCUGGAUCACCUUGUCUCUUGGCAUACUGUCACCUUACGCAUGAUGCGCGCGGAGGCUUUUGUGAACCUUGGUGAACCAAAUAUCCCAGUGGCAUGAUCUGUACAUGACCUGGAGUUGUCUCUGGCUAUGUCGAUCUUACAAGGGACGCCAAGGAAAGAAAAUCUUACUGGAGGAGGUGGAGACUUUGCGGGGGCAGCGUCAUGCGAUGCACGGUGAACAAGUAAGCUCUGCCUGAAGAUAAGACAGCUGAGGUUUCGUCGUUGUCCUCACCCGUCGCUACGGGGAAGUAACCUCCCAUUCCAAGUUCUUAUGCAGUAAAAGCAGACAUGGACGCAUGGGGACUCGACUUUAGAGUACAAGCUAUCGAACUAACUUGUGCGCGAAGCCAAACUUUAUGUCUUCAGUACAAUCUCCCAUGGCGCUGACAGAACUUAGAACAGCCCCUGCUUUUCCACGGCUUGUAGUCAUAGUUUUUCAUCAUUCUGUUGUAACAGAAUUCAGCCAUUGUGGACCGAGGCAGAUGCCCAUGAAUGUUUGCCUUGUUCAAAACACAUUCUUCUUUUUCAUCAAUAGUCGCCUGGGUAUAUUA